AUGUGUUACUACGACCAGUAUCAAAUGACAUGUGGUGAUUGGAAGUGGGGAAAUUUUCGAAAACAAUGCAGCAAAGAGUAUCGAACAGGCGAUACCUGUGGUAUGAAACUGAUAAUGGAGGCAUAUCAGCUAGAUGAAAUGUGCAAGUAUUGUAAGAAAGUGGAGAUAAAGUCCGCAAAGAUUCGUAAAGAGCAGGAUCGUAUCAAGAGAUGGUGCAAUGAAGGAAACAGGAGAGCCUCUAUUGAGGCUGCGGAAGAGAACAUUGCAGCUAUAGAAAGGGAGAUUAUGGACUUGAUGGAUCAAACUAGUAGG